AACAAAUAUUUUUUAUCGUUUAUGAUAAUGGUUACAAAUUUAUUGUAGAUUUGUAUUGUAUUCCUAUAGUUUUUCUUUUAAUGAGUUGUCAUUGAUUUUUAAAAAUUAUAUUGCUUAUGUCACUUUAGCAUUUUUCUUUUCAAUUUUGGGGUUUUUUAAUAUUUACGCCUUUUACUACAGCGCUUUUUACCAAUUAAUUUCUUAUGUUUUAUUGUUAUUAUUAUUGCCACGCAAUACUUACAAAUGGCUACGGACGAAAUAAAGAUAAGCAAAUGGAGUAUAUGUAUGUCAUUUAAAAUAUUUCUGCACAUUUAAUACAAAUUUGCUAUUUAUUUUCUUGAUGGUAAGUGAAUUAAGUAGAAUGUCAUUGUUGCAAGCAGUUUAUGAUUUAUUUCCAGAACAAUGCACCCACGAAAAGUUAAGGGAGAUGCUCAAUUUGCCUAAAAAUUCGCCUUUUGAAAGUGAGAAGGUGCUGUGACAGUCUGAAAUUAUUUGCAAACAAAUAUGGUGCAGUAUGUUAUCUUUCUUAAUUACCAUUAUCAACAAAUUUUCUUAUCGUAUAAUUCUUAUGAUUAAAGUUAAUUUACGAUUCAUUCUUCUGCGGCCUCCCCUAUUGCAUUCAUAAAUUAUUAUAUUUCUGAAAGACUAUAUCGCAAGAAGUACCUACGUUUAAUCUACAAAUUUACUCAUCAACAUUUUUUGUUAAGUUUAGUAAUUGUUUUUGUAAUUUUAGUAAGUUUUCAGUAAUUUCAGACAUUUUUGGUAAUUCUGCUAAUGCUUGGGAAAUCUCAGAUGGCUUAUAUAUUUAGUAAAUAUGUGAGUAUUAUAUUCGCAAUCCCUCUGGCCAAUGAAAAAUUCAAAAAAUUGAAUGGUUGUUCUAGAAACCUGAAAUGUUUUGCAAUUUUUUUACUUCAAAAGAGGCAAUUUUUUUACGAAAAUAUAGUGAAAAAAGUUUGCUUCUUCCUUCGAACUAAUAGCUUUAUCUAGGUUUUGGGCAUUCCCAUUCUUAUUUUGUCCAAACCAAAUGUUGAUUCCAAAUACACAAAGUGUCCAAAAAGUUUCUUUUAAAAAUCCUCAAACACGUCAUUUUUUAUUUUAAAUGAAACAUAUUUUACUGUAAUUGUCAUUUAAAGAUCGUUUUUGUUUGAGAUAUGACGCAAUAGUGGCAACUCUAUUUUUUAUGCUUAAUUUGAAAUUCUAAGACCAAAUACGCUAAAAAAAAAAAAGUAUGGUAGUGUAUUUUGAAAUAUUCGAGAUAAUUGCUGUGAAAACAUUAAUAAUUGAUUAUAAUUAUCGCUUACGUCAUAUCCCAAAAACAAAUGACGAUCCUUAAGUUACAAUUACAGUAAAAUAUGUCUCAUUUAAGAUAAAAAUUGACGUGUUCGAGCAUUUUUUUCAAAAACGUUUUUAAAAAACUGCACAUUCAGCAAAUUAAUAUGACUUUUGGCAGUGUAUAUUAGGCAUGAAUGAUGUAAGACUGUCAAAAACUUUUUUUAAAAAUAUUUUCUUUAAGCUAGGAAGUUGUUAUUUUUUCAAAUAACAAAAUGACGAUUAACCAAAAUUUCAAAAAAAGGCCCCCAUUGAUUUUUGAAAGGAAAAGGUUUAUAAAAUCCCUUACUUAUCUAGUACAACAUCCAUUAACCGACCGUGUAGCUAUUAUAGUUCUUGAAAUGAAAAAAGAAUCUUCAAGUUGGUCCAAUGGUACUAAAAUUCGCCAUCCACCCAAGUGAGGAUGUGGUAGGAGUAGGAGAACAAUUAAUCCACCAACAGCGACUGCGAUUGUGUUGUCAACAGAUUAUGCCAAUUAUCCGAACCUGAUGAUGAAGUAGAUUGAAGCCUGUGAGAAUGUGCCAGUAACGAAAAAAAAAGUAGAAUCAUUUUAUGUAUUACGGUAUUUGUGUGAACAUUAUUAAGUUGUAUUUUUGUUGCUGCUUACUGUAUGUGUAAUUAUUUAAUUUUUAUUACUUACCUCUUACUGAAUAAUUUGUUAAUUAAACACUGCUUGAUGUUCAAGGCGAGAGGCAUGUUUAAUAACAAUGUAGGUAUUUUAUUGGCUACACUAACUGAGUACAUGCAUAUAUAAAAAAUAAAACUAAAUAUUAUGUGCAAGGUAUCUUAUUGGAUGAAGUUCGAUGUACUAUCAAGAGAUACUACAUUUGCUCUUCCACUUAUUGAUUGAUGUUUUAAACACUUGUAGGAUUCCACUUGCAAUUCUUGGGCAGGUGAAGAAUUCUUAAAACUAGGUACACAUAAUCGCUUGGACAUUUAACUUCUUUAUAGAAAACUUCCAGAAAACUCAUUACUGCAGCUACAGGGUACAAAUUCUGAUUUUAGCUUUGGAAAAGAAGUGCGUCUUUUUGAAGACUCCGAAGAACUUUUGAUAUAAUAACAAACAAAACGAUUAACCCCCUUGUAGAUUAGCAUCCUCACUAACAAAAGGUGCAGGUUUUACCUAAAACUUGACCACUAAUGAUGAGUACAUCUUGUGUCAUUUUCAUUCUGAAUUUAUUGUAGGUGCCCCGGUCGGAAAAAUUCGUACUCACACGUUGUGCAGUCAAAUACUUAUUUAUGUAAAACGUAUAGACAAGCGCCUCAAAACAUUAGAAAGCCGCACGGACAACCGGGGUGCGGCCAAUCAAUUGACCGAAAUAUUCCACAACAGACUACCGAUACAAACUGAGGAGAUGCUACACGAAUUUGAGGAGUUUCUGACGGCUGACGAAUGUACCGCUUCAGCCUAUGUCGACUACUUAAAGAAGUUGGGCGGAAACACAUAUCAGGAAUUCAUCAGUCGAUCUCUCAAGCAUACGAUCUCGUACGCAUUCGGCACCAAAUGCAGUUGGUUAGGUUUACGUAACAAUAUCAAAGUUUGCCACUACAAAUUUAUGAAGCUGAUAAAGGACGUCGCGUAUGAUACGUACCACUGCAGUGACAUGCUGUUCGAUAAGUACGGGAGUUACCUGCAAUUAAUCGUAAAAAAGCAAAACCUUCUGCUAAACAUGGUCUCGAGGGUAAUACGGGAUGUAUCGCAAAUUAAAAUUAAAACUGUCGGCGGCAUAGACACAAGUGUUAUCGAGGGUGACGCCGAUUCAAUAUUCGCAAAGUAUCGAUUGCCCAUUGACUGCGAGGCUGACUUGCAGAAUUUCGAGGAUGCCUUACAGAAUGUCGCCGAUUUUAAUAAAAUUCUUACCGAAAUUUCAACUUUUGGUGGCCGAAAUACCUAUGAUUUUAUUUAUCGCGCAACUCAAAGGAUAAUUACCAACAGGUUCUCGGCGGACUUUAGUUGGUUGGGCAGAAAGGGAAAGCGGGUCUUCAAAAAUUUGCAUUUAGCGUCGCUAUUAACCAAGGCCGCGAUGAAAACGAGUAAUUGCACCGCCAUGGAUGCAGAAUUGUCUGUUAAUAAAUGGUUACGACGAUGUGCAGAACGGGCUAGAAAUGAAAAAAAAAUUUGAAAUGUUCGCUGUUUAUUUUUAACAUGUUUUUAGCAAAUACAAUUGAGUUAAUCUA